AAGCAAUCGUCUCAGAAUUUAUAAAAAACGGGUCGAAAAAUCAUGCAGCACUGUACAAAAAGAAAAAUGACACAUUUUAUUGACUUUGAAAACUAGUACAGCCUUCUUUACCUUGUUAUCUGUAGUGUCUAGAAAGAUUUUUCUUAUAUUUGAAUAAUUCUUUCGUGUAGAUAUCGUACAUUGAAAUGUCUGUGAGACUCUUUUUAAUUGUUUAAGAAUAAAAUUCAUUGGGUAUCUAUUAUUAAGCAGUAACGGCAUACAUAUGUGGCCUUCUUCAUGUUUAAAAGCGCUAUAACUAGAAGAAUAUCUUAUUGUUCUUACAAGAGCCCCGAAUGGAAUAUUCUUUUUUAUGUGUUCUACGUGUAUGCUUGUGAAAGGGAGAAAAUAUGGUUCAUAUGAUGGUUUAUGCAAAGUCUCAGACACCAAUUUACCUCCUCGAUUCUGUAGUUUUAUGUCAAGGUACUCUGAAGUCUGUCCUAUAGAUUCUGAAAGUUCGAUAUCACUAUCGAAUUUAUUCUAGAAACACACAAGACCUUUCAAUAUAUCUACAUGAACGUUUGACAUGAUAUAUAGAUCAUCAAUAUAUUUGUAGUCUAAUGAACAUGUCCUAUUAUCCUCUUUUAAGAUUGAACGUUUUACAAAGUACAUGUAUACAUUGGCUAUCGUGAGGGUUAGUGAUGAAUCCAUCGCUCCUUCUCACAUUUGUCUAUAAAAUGAUCCAUCUAGAUAGAAAUAAUUAUUGGUCAUAACAAAUCUGAUAAGAACUAAAAUGAUCUCUUUUUUAACACCAUCGAUUUGUUUCAAACCAGAUGUUUCAAUCAGUCAUUUUAUGGCUGUUACCCUUCCUUCUUAUGAAAUCAUUGUAUACAAAUCAUUAACAUCUAUUUUUAUGAAUAAUGUAGCUGGUGUAAGAUACCUAGUCGACCAUCUCUUGAUUUGUUUUAUUAAUUGAACUCCAUUCCGAAUGGUUGUAUCACAUGUCAAACGGUCGAAUAGAGAUCUUAAUAGUUCAUUCAACCAUCUGGAUAUUGGUAUGGUUGAGAAUUUAACACCCGACAUUAUGGGUCUUAAUGGUAUUCGUGGUAUAUGUGCUUUUAAUAAAAAAUAAUGCUGAGCUAAUUCAGCCUCUUCUUUUUUAACCUUCAGUUUUUCCUAUUGUUUUUGUCUAAUAUGUUUGUUCGCUGAUAAAGGGUGUAGUUAUGGUUGAAAAGAAGAGAAACAGCACAUCCUACACGUACAUCCAUACCCAUACUCUUGUACUCAUUUUUUAAAUAAAAAAUAUAUUGUUACUGAAGUAAACUUUCGGUAAAAACUGUUGUCAAUUUCAUUUAUCCGUGGAAAAAUAUUUUAUUAAAUUAAACUGAACUCAAAUGUAAUAAAGUAGAAUUUUGUCAACUGAAACGAAUAUUUAAAAUGAAAUAUUUUGUUUUCCAAAUUUUUCUCGAGAUAAUUUAUGUUCAUAUAAAAUUCAAAUAGAAGUUAAUAUUUCCAGUUGGAAUUUAAGAUUUCAAACAUUAAAGUUAUAUAUAAUAAUAUGGCACAGUCCAGUUAGGUAAGCUGAUGGGUUUGUAAAGUGACGGUCUAGAUAUUCCUGAGAAAACCAGGUAAGAUCCUGCGAGAUGUAGACAGAAAUUUCUUCUUCACUUAAGAAUCAUUUAAAUCCUGUCAGGAUCCUGUCGUUCCGUAGUUGUACGUUUUCUUCAGGGUUUUAUUGUUUCCUCAAGAAAAAACAGCGAAUCUUUGCAGAAUCCUUAUCAGGAUCUGUCAAGAAUCUGGAAAGGAAAUAUCAAGGAUUUUGCCUAGGAAAUCGUCGAAAUAGUUAUAUUAUGUGACAAUCGUGGUCAGUUUUCUUUAAUCUAACCAAAUUGAAAUCAAUUUCAAUGAUCAAUUCUUGGACACUGAACUUCCAAUUGAAACAAAUCGAGAUCGAAUUGAAAUUUUAAUACUCGUUCCUAACAAAUCUCCGAAUGAUUUAGUUCAAUUUCACAGUUUCUCAACUCAACAAAUAUUAAAACAAUUUUCACCACUUGGAAACUUAACUACUUAUACAAAUGAAUUUCAUUCGAUUUUAACACGAGAUUUUAUUGAAGCAAUUCAUCGACAUCCAUUAGUAUUGACAUUUUGGUUCUAUCUGAAUGGAACGAGUGUGCUUGAUGAACAUUUCUAUUCAACUUCGGUUCAUUCGUCCGAAAUACCUGGUGGAAAAGAACAAUGA